AUGGCUGUUGAACCACGAUACGCCGGCAUCCCGUCGGACGAGGCUCCGGGGAGUGAGAGCGGGCCGCUGGCGCUGCUCCCCGGCGAAGAACGGAUUACAGAAGCCCCCGGCGCGGGCGGCGCACUGUUCGUUCUCACAGACCGACGGGUCCUCUACGCCGGCGGCAGUGAGGACCGGAUCAUCGCUGAAUCAGCUCGUCUCACGGACGUGGCAGCGGUGAGGCUCGAACGCAGGUCGAGGGACAGGCGAAGCGCAGUAUGGGGUGUCAUAGGCCUCCUCGCCGCGAUCGCUGUAUGGCAGGUGACCAGGAGCGAGUCCGUCGGCGCGAUCGCGGCUGCCGUCGUUGGCGUUGUCUCGAUUGCGCUGCUGGCCGACUACUGGCUCAGGCGGCCGGGGAUCAUGUUGACGUUCCUGACGCCGGGCGGCCCGUUGGGAGGGCAGGUGGAGGACGCAGAUGCCGGGGCCGCGCAGGUUUUUGCGGCGAAGUUCGAACGCCAGCGCGCCGAAUUGAUCCGGCGGACGAGGCCCGGUCCGCCUUCCCGACCGUUCGGGGCCGUGAGGAAUCCUCUACUUUAG